CGCCCCCGGGCCGAAGAUGUGAGGCCGGCCGGGCGUCCCCGCGGCGGGCCCGGGCGCCGGGAGUGGGCGUCUCGGCAGCGCCGGGCGAUGGCCCUGCUGCCGGUGCUCGUCGCCUCCUGGGGCCUGGGUCAGUGAGGGGUGCCGGCGGGCCUAGGCAAGCGGCCCCGGCGCGGCGGGGGCGAAGGGGCCGCGGGCGCCAUGGAGGGGGUGCUUUACAAGUGGACCAACUAUCUGAGCGGUUGGCAGCCUCGAUGGUUCCUUCUCUGUGGGGGGAUAUUAUCCUAUUAUGAUUCUCCUGAAGAUGCCUGGAAAGGUUGCAAAGGGAGUAUCCAAAUGGCAGUCUGUGAAAUUCAAGAGUUUGCUGAAAACACUGAAAACCUGAAAACCAAAAUGUCAGAACUAAGAUUCUACUGUGACCUUCUUGUUCAGCAAGUAGAUAAAGCAAAAGAAGUUACCACAACUGGUGCGUCCAUCUCUGAGGAGGGAAUUGAUGUGGGAACUCUCCUGAAAUCAACCUGCAAUACUUUUCUGAAGACCUUGGACGAAUGCAUGCAGAUUGCAAAUGCAGCCUUCACAUCUGAGCUGCUCUAUCACACUCCCCCGGGAUCUCCGCAGCUGGCCAUGCUCAAAUCCAACAAGAUGAAACAUCCUGUUGUACCGAUUCAUAAUUCAUUGGAAAGGCAAAUAGAGUUGAGCAGUUGUGAAAAUGGAUCUUUGAAUAUUGAGAUAAGUGAUGUUGAAGAAAUCCUAACAAAAAACAAGAGCCCCUUAUUUUUGAAAUCUUCAGAGAGAGACUACAGCAUAUCAAGUGAAGAAAACUUAAAUGAUAAUAUAACAGUCCAAGGAGAAAUAAUGAAGGAAGAUGGAGAAGGAAACCUGGAAAAUCAUGACAGCAACUUGGCACAGCCUGAAUUGAACUCCUCAAGUAGCUCUCCAGAAUCCCACUGGGAAGAAGGCAAAGAAGUUAUCCCAACUUUCUUUAGUACUAUGAACACCAGCUUUAGUGACAUUGAACUUCUGGAAGACAGUGGCAUUCCAACAGAAGCAUUCUUGGCAUCAUGUUAUGCUGUGGUUCCAGUAUUAGACAAACUUGGCCCUACAGUGUUUGCUCCUGUUAAAAUGGAUCUGGUUGGGAAUAUUAAGAAAGUAAAUCAGAAAUAUAUAACCAACAAGGAAGAGUUUACCACCCUUCAGAAGAUAGUGCUGCAUGAAGUGGAGGCAGAUGUAGCCCAGGUUAGGAACUCAGCUACAGAAGCCCUCUUGUGGCUGAAGAGAGGUCUGAAAUUUUUGAAGGAAUUUUUAACAGAAGUGAAAAAUGGAGAAAAGGAUAUCCAGACAGCCCUAUUAGCUCUGAGGGCUGCUCCAUCCUAUGAAGAUUUUGUGGCUGCAUUAACAAUAAAGGAAGGCGACCACCAGAAAGAAGCUUUCAGUAUUGGGAUGCAGAGAGACCUCAGCCUUUACCUCCCUGCCAUGGAAAAGCAGUUGGCGAUACUGGACACUUUAUACGAGGUCCACGGACUGGAGUCUGAUGAAGUUGUGUGACAUCUGCGGGAUAGCGCCUCCUCCUAAUUUCAGGGAAUAAAGUUUGCUAAAGUG